UUUUUAUUAAAAAUUAAGGGAAAUUGAUUCCUUUUUUUCUACUGUUUGAAGAAAUAUAAGAGUAUAACAGAAAAUGGUGCAAGAAAUUCUGUUUUCUUUGAUAACCAAUUAGUUGUCUCUGCUUAUUGACUGAAGUUUAAUUAGUUUUUUCUUCCAGACUAAUAAUUGGCGAAACUAACUUUAGUAUUCUGUGAUAAUGGUCUAGGGUCUUCCAAUAAUCUGCUGAAGUUUAUAUACAAAUUUAAUUUUUUUUUAUUGAAGUCAUCUAGCUAUUUUGUUAUUACUUUACUUUUAGUUUGAUAUAUUUUAAUAUUUUCGUUAGAUACCAAACAGCGCUGAAUUAUGGAUAAAUUGAAAAAGGUCCUAAGUGGAGAUGAUACACCCGACGAAGAAAGCGGCAUAAUGUCUCAGCUAAAUGAUGCCUCUACGUUAAGCUGGUCAACUCGAGUUAAAGGUUUUAUCGCCUGUUUCAUAAUUGGGGUUCUUCUAACGUUAUUAGGUUCAUUUGCCUUGUUUUUUAAUGGCAUGGGCAUAUUUGCGGUGUUCUACACACUAGGUAACAUUGUUUCGUUAUUGAGUACCUGUUUCCUAAUGGGACCAGUGAAUCAGCUGCAGAAAAUGUUUGCCGCCACUAGAGCCAUCGCUACUUGUCUCGUCUUGGGAGCCAUAAUAAUGACUUUGUUAUCGGCGUUGAUGUGGCACAAAGCGGGAUUAGCUUUAUUGUUUAUCAUUAUCCAAUCACUUUCAAUGACUUGGUAUUCACUAUCCUAUAUACCAUAUGCCAGAGAUGCGGUCAGAAAGACGGUGAUGUCCUGUGUAACCUAGAAUUUAGAGCUUUUGCAAAUUUAUUUAUUAGAGACCUGCUUUGUACAUUUCCAUAUAUCUAAUGAUAUUAAACAUAGUGUACCUUUUAUUUUUGUAACUAAAGCCUGUGUCAAGCACUGAGAGAGUCAUGGUAUAAAUUGUAAAACAAAUUUUGAAAAAGGCCUUUUGCACAUUUAUUAAUAAAUCCUAUGAGGAGAUUAUUCCGAUCCAGGCACCUUCUAUUUUUAAAUAAAAUGUGGGAGUAUAUUUUUAAAUUUUUAUAGAUUUUUUUAUAUUGUAAUGGUUCAAGUCAGAAAAAUAAGACAUAUUCAAAACUGUUUUAUAUUUUUCUAUAGAUUAAUAUAAGGAAGAGUCUGGUUUGGUAUAACUCUCCUCAUAAUAUCUUAUCGCCCACAGUAUGGGACAGGCUUUAAUCUUUAAUUGAUACUGUAAAUCCAUUGAACUUAUUGGUUCAAUAGAGCAUAUUUUACCUAUUUUUCUAAAAAUAUUACAUGUUUAUAGGACUAGGGCACAGAAACAGAUAUAAGACUGUUAAAAUUAUAAAUUAUGUUGUUAACGAGUGUACUUAAGAAUUUACAUGUGACAAAAUGAAAUCAAAACAAGGACCAAAAUAAUUUUUUUAUUGUAUAUUGAUACACAUUCAGAGAGUGGAACUCCUUAUAGUAAAUUUGAACAUUAAGGAUACAUAAUAAAAAUGGUCUAAAAUCACCAGUUCCAAAUCAUUGACCAUCAUACUGAUGAAAUUUACUUUAUUAUAAUGCCACUUUGUUUUGUUAUUAUUCUUAAAACAAGCCGAAUCAAGCUAAAUUUAUAAAUAAGAUAAUUUGUAUAAGUCAAUGAGUUAAAUAUGUUCAAAACUGA